AUGGCCUGGCGAAGUCACGGGGGUUCAAAUGAAGAGCUGGUGUCCAACCUUAGGAGAAACGGAGUGUUUAGUGAUCAAAGAGUAUUCGAGACGAUGCUCAAGGUUGAUCGUGGCUCUUUCGUGAGUAUGGCCCCCUACAUGGACUCGCCGCAGCCAAUCGGCUACGAUGCAACAAUUUCUGCACCGCACAUGCAUGCGAUGGCUCUGGAAGAGCUCAAGGAUCAACUGGUCCCUGGAAACAGAGCACUCGAUGUUGGUUCAGGAACUGGAUACUUGACAGUAUGCAUGGCCCUCAUGGUAGGGGCGGACAAGGCUGGAGGCGGCACUGCCGUAGGAAUUGAUUAUAUUCAGGGGCUUGUCGACCUUUCUCGCAAGAACGUGGCUAGCGCGUUUCCUUCCUUGCUGCAAGGCUCCAACUUCGCGUUGGUGAAGGGUGACGGCUGGUCAGGAGGUCCUGCAUCAGCGGCCCCUUACCACGCAAUUCAUGUGGGUGCAGCCGCAGCAGCGGUGCCUGCAGCGCUGCUGGAGCAGCUGGCUCCUGGAGGUCAGAUGGUCAUACCAGUGGAGUGCAGACGAGGCAAGAUACGAAUCGAGGGACGGGGAGAGAAGGAGGUUCGGGGGCAUGGGUGUGGCUGGGAACCAGGACAGGCGCUUGUCGGUGUCGAAAAAAACAGCGCGGGAGAAGUCUCCCUGCGGUACAUUACCAGUGUGAUGUAUGUGCCUCUCGUCAAGCAGCAUUGA